GCGAAGUGACUUGAGAAGGAAGCAGUCGGGUGGUUGGUGCCUCGGGAAAAAGUUUUUUUUUAGUGAAAGCUUGUUAUUUGUAAAGUUCGUGUCCUUAGAUUAGACUGUAGAAAACUUUAUGCUGCAUUUAUUGAUUAUUUUUUUAAAAAAAUCUUAAUUGAACAUAAUUUUAGCACCGAUGAGCUGACCAGGAAAAUGAUAUAUAAACAAAUUACUGAAAGUAGCAAUCUUUGAUGAUGGGAAGGGGCAGAAACGAAAAACAGUACACGGAACGUUGGUAUUGUCUGUUGCGCGGAGAUUUAUAAAUAUUAAGAGUUGAAAGCGAUUGUUGGCAGCCAGAAACCAUUCAUCAUAUUCGUGGUUCCGCUGAAGCCCCGUUUCGCAGAUACUUUUCUAAAUACUCUCUUCUCAUUUUCUAUUUCUAUUUGGUGUAUCAGUGAAGUUUAUGCUUACCCUCCACCAGGGAUCAAUAUAAUGGUUCAAACAUGCUAAUGGUGUAUGCUCCUAGAGCUAUUCUAAAGUGCCAUUUAUACCAAGAUUCAGCUUCUGCUCAACAAACAUACCCAUGCAAGAUCAAUAACAAUGUUAAUUUGGUGAAUUGCAAUCCUAAACCUUUUGGCUGUCCCUCUAGUAAUAUAUUAUUUCAUAGUUCCUCCUUCUCUGGGAAAUGUGAUAAGCUACAGAAGAGUCUUCAUCUAUUCCAUCAUGUUGCCACACAUAAAUGGCUCUGUGGGUUACAGGAUUCCGUUUCGUCUGAUGAUGAAUAUCGUUCUUCACGCAACAUAGCCAUCAGCUUGUUCAGGCGUUACAGGAACUUUAUUGAUCGUGGUGGAACCGACAAUCUAAAAGAGUUCAUCAAUGCCGGGGUAAAUGCAUAUUCGCUCGGGUGCACUGAUGAAGGAUUGAGGAAAGAACUUAUGGAUAUGAAGAACUCUGGGAUUGAAAUUGAUGUAAUGCAAAGUUAUGGUGGAAGCACCAGCUUGAAAUCUAAGAUCAUCUCAGAGGAGGUUGAUGAAUGCAUUUUCUGGUUAAGCAUUAUAUUCCUUACCAUCUUGUGCACACCCCAACCAACCAUUGUUAGAUGGUCAUCUACACCCCCGGUGUCAGAUGAAGUGAGACUGCAAUGGAAAGGCUUUUGUGCUCUUAUAGCAAAUGCAUAUUUUAUGAAGGGAAUGGCUUGGCUUCCGGUGAAGACUCUUCAAUUAGAACAGACAGCUGUGAUGGGUCAAGCUGAGAAACCGUCAGUUGUUGCUAGCCGAAUGCGAUUAGUCUUUAGCACGCUUGAGGUAGUGAGCCCACAGUGGCCGAGAGCAUAGAACACGAGAUCAAGAUAAAUCCUCCUCUCAACAAUUGCCCGUUGAGUUGUAUUCCAUGUUUGCUGACAAAUGUAGCCAGAUGAUAUUAAAAGGGAAAGCGAAUAAAAAAAAUGGAUAACAAUGUGAUCUAAGUAUGUUCUGUGCAACAAUUUGGAUUUCUGUUUUGUAUGUCAUAUAAGCGAUACGUAUAUUAUACACGUAUAAAUAUAAUAAUGCCCUUCUAGUGCUUUAAAAAUAAAAUUUGGAGAACUUACCAUCAGUUGGUACAUACAAUACGGAGGAUUAUUUCAUUCAA